GGGAGAGAGAGAGAGAGUUAGGUUGUGAAGAAUCGAGUUUUCUGUGUGCGAUUUGUAUUUUUUUUUUGCAGUGAUAUUGAAGAAUUAGGGAUUAAAGUUUUGUGUUUUAAGGGAUUUAGGUUUCGUUUUUUCUUCUUUUCAUCAUCAUCGUUUUCUCCAAUUCUUCUUCAUCUUUUCUCUGAGGAAGUGGGGUUUCGUUGAUUGAAGAACGUGUUAGGGUUUUCUAAGUUCUGGAAGAGGUUUUCGGAGGUUGAAGACGUGUUAAGAUUCUUCCAAUCUCCAUCUCUGGUAAGUAGAAGUUGCAAUUGUUUUAGGGGGUUUUGCUGUAAUUCUUUUGUGUUGAUUAAUUUGGACCUUUGAGACUAAGUUUCUCCAAGACUGUCACGGGGUUGAUUGUUGGGGAAGAGGGUUCGAAUUUUGAAGGCAGUGAUAGUCAGGGUUAAGGUUUUUCGGAUUCUUUGACCACUGAGUGAAGUUGGAAUUGAAUUAGGGGUGGGUAUUGUGGUUUAAUUGAAAGGGAGAAGUUUAAUCAAGUAGCUCUCAAUCCUCAGUGGUGCUAGUGAGUAGUUUCAACGUUUGUUCUGUGAUUUAUUUUCUUUUAUUCAGGCUGUGAUUGUUCUGUUUUUGUUCUGUGGGGUAGGAGCUAUAAAAUUAGGACUAUUCUGUGUAAUUGAAGUUUCAUCAAUAGCUCUCAAUCCUCAAUGUUGCAACUUUGAAGGGGUUAAGUGGUUUGCAGAUUCAGCUGUUUGAAGAUUCAAUUAGGAGGUAAAUUCAAGAGUGGUUUUUGUGUUAUGUGUUUUGUUUUUCUCCAGUUAAGUGUGUGUAGAAGCAUUAGCAGGGGUUUUUUGUUUAUCAUAGAGAAGAGCAGUGCUUUGAGUUUGAAUAUUGUUAUUGAGGUUUUUCUUUUGUGUGUUUGAGAAAUUAUCCUGUUUCAUCUUGGUUGUUUAAUUAGUGAUUCAAGGACUGGUAUUUUAAGUUUUCAACUGAGGUAGUUUGCCUAUUUUGAAUUUUUAUUGUCCUAUUCUUUGAUUCCUAAUUAUAGUGUAUUGUAGUUAUGCCACGAACUCUCUCAUGUUCUUCAUCUUCAACCUCAAUAUCUGAUGCACCUCUAAUUAUGCGGAGAACAAGAGCAUCAUCACGAAGUUCAUCAUCUUCAUCCGCUAGGUUGGAUAAUACUGCUUGUGAGGAACCAUCUGUACCGAUACAAGUUGCUUCAUCUACAUCUUCCUCUGCUGAUACCUUUCUUGCAAGUCAAGAUGAAUAUUCUUAUGGACAACAUCUAAUCACAGAUGAUGAUGACUCUUUCUGCCACUGCCCGUAUAAAAUUUUGAUAAUUGUCAUAAUGGUGUAUGUGAUGGUGGGUAUGCUAAAAGUUCGAUCUUCAGAUACAUCAAAGAUAUGCAUUUUCAUGGCACUACAAAUAUAGCGGUUUGCAUGGAAAGGAUACGUACAGAGGCUGGGGUAUAUUUGGCUUGGGAGAAACUUCUCAGGAAGCUACAGAUGUGGAUGUGUUUUCCUUGUAGGAAAUGGUUUUCAUGGAGGAGGCCAUGUCGUGACCACCCAGGUGGAGUAUUACCAGGUCCUUUCAAUGGAAGAGGUGCAGAUUUCUUGUUCUAUGGCGUUCAUAAUCCGAUUCAACAUCUCCCUGUUGAUAUCCCACCAACUAUGCCCACUAGAGGCGAUGAUGAUUCUGAGGGUCUUAAUUUAGGCAUGCACAAUCUGAUUUUUCAGAAACAAAUAACCACUAUGUCUAGAAUUCCACCACAAUGUCGCCUACAUUUUUCAAGAACUUUAAAAUCUACCCUUGAUAAAGUGGUGGAUAACCCCAGCAACAUAUCUUCAUGUGUUCAACUGCUCCUUCUACCAAUUUGCACCUUAAAUAUGUACAUACCAAAAAGCUCACGGGAAGAGAGAUCUGGCAAUAGAAAGCGAAUACAAACUGCAGCCAUUAAUCAAGCUUUUGUCACUUGGAAAGAGCCAAAUGGAUGUAACAUUUUACUACAACAGCUAUUGGAGGUUCACAAGGAGAAUCAGCAUCACAGGAAACAAUAUGCUAAAAAGAAACCAAAAACUAAUGUUGAAGCUUGCAGGACGAAACUCAGCUACGGGCACUAUACAGCGGCCAUUAGAAUUUUGUCUUCCAAUGGCGUUGCACCAUAUAACGAAGAUACUUUACACGAGUUACAGCAGAAACACCCAUAUGCUCCUCCUCCUUCAAUACCUUCUGAAAACAUAGUGUCUGCACCAGUUUCGGUUGACAGCAGGGCUGUCUUGACUGCAAUUAAAGGUUUCCCAAAAGGAACCUCAUGUGGCAGAGACGGCCUUAGAUCCCAACAUCUGUUGGACGCCUUAAGUGGAACUGCUGCUGCUGUGUCUGAAGAAUUAUUAUCAGCCAUCACAGGCGUAGUUAACUUGUGGUUAGCUGGUCAGUGUCCUGCAUCCCUAGGUGAUUACGUUGCAAGCGCCCCUAUAAUUCCAUUACUCAAGCCUGAUGGUGGCCUGAGACCAAUCGUUGUUGGGACAAUAUGGAGAAGAUUAUGUUCGAAACUAGCAGCAAGUGUUGUGCGCAACGAAAUGGCUUGUUAUUUGGGUGACCAUCAAUUCGGAGUAGGCAUUCCAUGUGGUGGUGAAAGUAUAUUGCAUUCUGCCAAUAUAUUUCUUGAGAUGCAAGGUACACAUAAUACUCUAACUAUGAUGCUCGUUGAUUUUACAAAUGCGUUUAACCUAGUUGAUAGAACAACCUUAAUUAGGGAGGUCAGAGACAGAUGUCCUAGCAUAUCUAGAUGGGUUGAAUUCUGUUAUGCUAAACCUGCAAAAUUAUAUUACAAUGAGUCCAUCCUUUCUUCAGCUCAGGGUGUCCAACAAGGUGACCCGCUUAGUCCCUUAUUAUUUGUACUUACACUUCAUCCUCUUGUUUGUAAAAUUGCUUCUCAAUGUUCAUUGAAUCUUCAUGCCUGGUACCUUGAUGAUGGUACCAUCAUUGGCGACACUAUAGAAUUUUCGAAAGCACUCAACAUCAUUCAGCAGGAAGGUGUUUCAAGAGGACUGCAUUUAAACAUCAAAAAGACUGACAUCUUUUGGCCUUCCACUGACCCUAGAAGCCUUGAAGUCGGAGUGUUCCCUGCUAAUAUAGGUAGACCUGCUAGUGGCGUGAAAUUAUUGGGUGGAACAGUCAUCUUGGAUACUCAAUUUUCUGUAGUGACAUGGUGAUGAACAGAGUUGACAAGACUAUACGCCUCAUGGACAAUGUUAAGAAGUUGAAAGACCCACAGAGUGAUCUAUUACUUCUAUGCUGUUGUACAGGUGUUUCAAGGUUAUAUUUCACGCUUCGUACUACAAAUCCUUAGGUCCUCCAAGCAGCAACAAGCCACUUUGAUCAACACUUAUUCCAGUAUCUACGUCUAUUGAUCACUGGGAAUGGUGCUGGUUUCGGCCCUCUUCAGCAAAGGCUAGAAACUCUACCUAUGAAGGAUGGAGGUUUAGGGGUAUAUACAAUGUCUGAUACAGGUCAGUACUGUUAUAUGGCUUCUUACAUUCAGACUCAAAGCUUGCAACGCACAAUUUUGAGUUUUAUUGGUUGUUAUUUUGAUGUUAUCAAGAAGGAGUUGCCCACUAAGUUCACCAUGUCUGAAAGGGAUGCAUCCUUAUGGUAGAGCAAAAAGACCGAGCAUGCUUUGGAUUAUUUGAAGGCAAUACCAAUUGCUGGACUACAUCAAACUAUUGGUCCCAGACAGUUCCGUGUUGUCACUCAAUACAGACUAUGAAUCCCACUCUUCCCCGAGGAAAGCAUUUGUACAAUCUGUAAGCGGCACAUGGAUGUUUUCGGUGAGCACGCAGUCCAUUACGCAAGUGAAGUUGGGGGUAAAUGUCGUCAUGAUUUAGUACGUGACGUGUUGAUGGAUAUAUGCUACAAGGCAAGUGUUGCUGCCAGGAAGGAAGUAUCGAUGGGCUUAUUGUCAGAUCAGAAUGUUCCUUUGAAACCCGCAGACAUAAUGGUGUACAAUUGGGAGAAUGGCCGUGAUACAUGUUUUGACCUCAUGGGGACCUCGCCGUUUUCCGGAAGUGGGACUCGAAGCUUCACUCCAGGUCGUGCUAUUUCUAUAGUUGUUGCUCGUAAAAAUAUUAAAUAUUUGGAUAUAUGAACCACGCACGGUUAUGGAUUUAGCAUUUUGGCUUUUACUACAUUGGGUGAGUUGGGUGAUGAUUUUAUUGUCUUCUUGAAGAGAUUGACGAAUUUUUUAGUUAGUUACGAUGCUAAUAGCAAAUUAGGUAGUUCUCUUUUUCAAAGGGUAGGGUUGGCUAUCCAGAAAGGCGUCGGGCACAACUUGUUACCCGGAUUCCAACCAUUUCUGUGUAAAUUCCUUUGUCUUAUUAAUAAAGUUUUUUUU